UAUAGGUUUCUAAGUUGGAGAAUAAAGGCAGCAAACCGUGAUCUUUGUUCUUUUAAAACAAGGGGUAUUGAAAGCAACAAGAACAAACGUUGGUUAGGGAACACAACCAAUUACUAUCACCAGAUAGAUAGUGCUACUAAGAUUAGUAGUAUGUAGUUAGGUUAGUUACUGUAAUGUACUCUCAUAUAAGAUGCAUGCAGGACGAAACCAACCAGAAGGGAGGAGAGCGCGGGGAAUGACGUCGGCAGCCUCGUAACGGGACUAGUGUUACAGCCGUUCGCGUGGGCACUUCCUCAACUCUCUCCCACCCCCAAAACAAGUCUCUCUCCAUUGUUCUUCUUCCCCUUCUCCCCCACAUCGCCUUCUUUUUUAUCAUCCCUCAUACUUACUACUAGCCGCCGGUGAUUUGGUCACCUUGAAACUAAUACAUUAAAAAAUUUCGUUGACUGUAUUUUUCUCUCAAAAGAUCUACGAAAUUUUGUCGCCGACAGAAGAUGAGUUCCAGCAAGGAUGCUAUCCCCGCCAGCAGCAAAGGCUCCUGGUCAAGCUUCCUCAAGUCUAUUGCUUCUUUCAACGGCGACCUUUCGUCCUUAACUGCUCCACCCUUUAUCCUUUCCUCCACCUCCUUGACCGAAUACUCCGCCUACUGGGCUGAACAUCCAAAUCUUUUCGUAGCACCAGCCACAGAAGCUGACCCCGAGAAAAGAGCCCUGGCGGUCUUGAAAUGGUUCCUCAGCACCCUUCACCAGCAAUACUGCACUCGCAGCGAGAAACUGGGUAGUGAGAAGAAACCCCUGAAUCCCUUCCUAGGGGAGCUCUUCCUCGGCAAGUGGAAUACUGAUGAGAAUGUCGGGGAAACCUCACUGAUCAGUGAGCAAGUGAGCCAUCACCCUCCAGCAACCGCCUAUGCGAUUCGGAAUGAGAAGCACGGGGUAGAACUGCAAGGAUAUAACGCUCAGAAGGCCUCCUUUUCAAGUACCAUCCAGAUCAAGCAGAUCGGACACGCCCUCUUGUCCGUCACCCCACCCAACGCGGAUAAGAACGAUCCCGCCCAGAAGGAACAGUACCUGAUCACACUCCCAAGCCUGCACAUCGAGUCAUUGAUCUAUGGCACCCCCUUUGUUGAACUGGAGAAAUCGACUCGGAUCGUGAGCAGCACCGGCUACGUGGCCAAAAUCGACUACUCAGGCAAAGGCUGGCUGAGUGGCAAAAAAAACACCUUCACCGCCAGCUUGUACAAGGAGAGUGAAGGAGAAAAGAACCCCCUAUACACUGUCGAUGGGCAAUGGUCGAACAAGUUCACUAUCAAGAAUGCCCGAACCAAGGAUGAAGUGGAUACGUAUGUGGUUGAGGACAACAAGACCGCCCCACUCCAAUUGGCCCCACUAGACGAGCAGGAUCUCUACGAGAGCCGGCGUGCCUGGCGCGAUGUGGCAUCGGGCAUCGAGCGGGGCGACAUGGACGCUGUCUCCGUAGCCAAGUCGAAGAUUGAAAAUGCCCAACGCGAGCUUCGCAAGGUCGAGAAGUCCGAGGGCCGAGAAUGGGAACGUCGUUUUUUCAACCGUGUGGACGAAAACGAGGAUCAGGGAUUCUUACAACUUGUGAGAAAAUCCGGCCUUGUAUCUCUCGAGAGUGACAAGACUGGCGGAGUCUGGCGUUUCAACCCGGCAAGCGCAGAUGGUGCGAAACCACCAUAUCACAAGGCUGGCGGCGAGGGCUUAGGGGUUUCUGCAUGAUUAGAAAAAGCCGUGCUCGAGGACAUAUUUAUACAUCCACGUAUAAGUUUUCGUAUUUGUGGAUAAGGCGCCGGCCGCAGUGGUAUCUGCGCUUAUAGAAUGCGUUUGCUUUCACAAGAAAAUUUUUUUUUCUAAUUUAAUCUUUAUUUACUCUACUUGGGGUUGACCUUUUUCGGCUUCUGUAUAUAGAACACGAUGAUCAAUCAACAGGUUGUCUUUUUUCCAUUCCAU